AUGGGUCUCUCCGAGCUUUUCUCCGAAAUGAUCUCCUCCCUCGGCUUCGCUGAAGCCCAGGCUGAGGCUCCUCCGGCGGAAGACACGGACAGCGGCAGCGCCGAGCCUGAGCAGGAGGAGAAGACCGCAUCCGAGGAGGCAGGCAGCGAAGAAGGAGACAGUGAGGGUGCUUCUGAGGAACCCGAGCAGGAGGAGGAAGAAGAGGAGCCGGAAGAAGAGGAACAGGAGGCUGUGGACCCCAAGCCCAAGCUCGAGCAGGAAUGCGCCAACUCUGCUCAGUGUGCGCCUGUCAAGCACCACUUCGAUGAGUGCGUGGAGCGUGUGACCCGGCAGCAGGAGGACCCCGACUACAAGGGACCCAAGGAAGACUGUGUCGAGGAGUGUAAGUUGGCCAAUACUUGA